UAUAAAAAUUAGUCGAAGAAUAAUAAUAACUAGUCGAAUAAUAAAAAUGUUCGAGUAACUAAAUUAGUCAUUUGAUACUACCGACUAUGUCGGUAGUUAUUAGUCACUUUUGCCCAUCACUAGUCGUAAUAUACAGUAUCAAUAUCGUACGCGAUAAACAAAUACAUAACUAUAAUACCACAGUAUCAUUCAUACCGUUCACUUCUAGCCUUAGUCUCGCUACACAAAUUUGAAUUUGUUUAUACUACUGUCCUCCAAUCUGAAUAGAGAUGGCAAGACGAGUGUUGGAGAAGCCAAAUGACAUUCGCCGGGACGACGGAGACAGUUGGUAUAAUUUAUGGCCCUUAACCAAAAAGGCGGCGAUAAAACGUCGACAACAGCAGCAAAGACGGUUGGCGCGCAGCCUCAAGGCACAGUCACAGCCGCGGUCGGGGGUCGAGAUGACCAUUUCUUUUGGCACCGACGAGACAACUCUUCCUGGUUGCAACUCGCCGAGCGCAUCGUCGAUGGUGUGGCAGUGCGGAUGCAGGAGUCGUUAAACCGGUUUUUGCGGUCCAAAGCGAUGGCGUCCCUGAACCGGGUUCUACGGUCCAUGACGCAGGAGUCGUCGAACGGGGAUCUGCGACCCACGGUAUAUGUGUUGUAAUGUCGGUAAAUCAUUUGUCAAAUGUUCGUAAUUAUUGGAGUGAAAUUAUGGGAAAUAAAUUGAUACAAGAAACUAUGUCAGUAAAUCAUUUUGAUAAAAUAAGGCGUAUUCUUCACUUUAACGACAAUACGUUUUCCACCAAUAAUGAUCGACUUCAUAAAAUAAGACCUGUAUUAGAGACACUAAAAAAGAAGAACAAAUUG